UUAAUUACUUAACAACUUUCAUUCCCUAAAGGAGAAUUUGAGUGAUUGUCUAGUGUUCCAUUUUUUAAACUUUUUAAAAAGUUGAUUCUUUUUUAUUUUUUCGCGGUUUGAUAUUUGCUUUAGGGUUGAAUUAAUACAAGUUCUAUUUAGUGAUGAACUACUACUACCUUCUAACUUUAGAGUUUGAAUUUUAAUUUUUAACCUUAAAAAAAAAAAAGAAUACUUCGUUAAUUUUUUGUGCAUUUAGAGUGCUAAGUCACAAUUGUGUAUCAUUAAUAUCUCAAUUCAAUAUAGGUACUAUCUUACUUUAUACGAGAGUGAUAUCUCAAUUAAUUUACACGCAACUUGAAUAUCAUACGUAAUACGAUUAAUAAAAGGCUAUUUAUUAGCACCUGUUUAUCGACAUUGGUGCGACAAAAUUGUCUGCCAAGACUAAAGUAAGAAAUAAUUUAGUAACAUUUCUUUCCUAUGCUGGAUCAUUGAUCAUCUCUUGACUGCUUUUGGUGAUUUGUCUAGUGUUCCAUUAUAAUAUACGUCUCUAUAUUAAAGUUAUCCUACUUAAUUGAAAUAGACUAGACUUCUUUUUUUUUUACUUUAAAUCACUAUAUAUGUUGUUAAUAGUUACCUUGUUGGAAUGGAACAAGCCAGCCAAUACAAAUAUAUAUAAUAUGAGGAGAUCUUUCGAGCAAGGCACUAUAUUAACACUGUUUAAUUUGUUUAUGUAGUGGCUGAAACUGUGAGACCAGCUGAAAGCACCAGCAGCAACAGCAUAUAAUUAAUUAGCCUCGUUAAUUAUCUUUACCAAUUUCUUUUCUCCUUUUCAACUUAUAAAUUACAUCUUUUCUUUUUGGAUUCCCUUCAUGGCUGGAGGACAAAGUCGAAGAAAUCUCAACAAACCAUGUAUUCUCCUCAUAGUGAUAGCGGGAAUGGAGAGGUUUUCAUUCAAAGGGGUGGCAUCAAAUUUAGUGACAUAUCUAACAGAUGUGGCCAAAAUGAGCAAUUCAGCUGCAGCAAAGAUGGUUAACAACUGGUGUGGUGUUACCUCUAUGCUGCCACUGCUUGUUGCUCCUCUAGCUGAUUCUUAUUUGGACCGUUACACCACUGUAUUGGCUUCUUCUUCUUUAUAUUUUGCUGGUCUUUUAGCUUUGACAUCAUUGGCAUUACAAUGGCCAUGGACUUCUGUGGAAAAAUCGGGCUUCUCUUCAUCGCUAUCGUGGUCUCUGCAUUUAAUUUCACUAGGCCAGGCAGGUUACAACCCGUCCUUACAAGCUUUUGCUGCAGACCAAUUGGAUGACCAAGACGAAUUGCCCUGUACAAAGAAUGACCAGAGCACCAAGAAGAAGAGUGCAUUUUUCCACUGGUGGUAUUUUGGCAUAUGUUGUGGCAGCCUACUUGGUGUGUCCGUCAUGUCGUACAUACAGGACACGUUAGGAUGGGGCUUAGGUUUCGCCAUUCCCUGUAUUGCCAUGGUAGUAUCGAUUGUAGUCUUCAGAUUUGGCAACCGAUUCUAUACACACAACAAUGAUGGCGAAGUUAUUCAUAUCAGGUCUUUGGGAGUUCAUAUAGUUAAAGCUAUUAGAGCAGCUACCUCAAGAUUCACCUGUGGUGAGAUUGCUGGACCAGAAUCUAACAAGUCAAAAGCUGUUGAGAUCGAACUUGAAAGUAAACCACUCUGUCAACAAGAUUCAGAUGGCAUGGAAGGCGCGGAGGAUAAAAAGUCGGAGAAUGGGAUAGUUGAAAUUCGUAAAGUAGUACUACCUCUACUGCCAGUAUGGAUUAUGCUUCUGAUGUUUGCAGUGAUUUUUCAACAACCUGCAACAUUUUUCACUAAACAAGGCAUGACGAUGAAGAGGAACAUCGGAAGUAACUUCCAAAUUCCACCAGCUGCACUUCAGAGUUCAAUCACCAUAUCUAUAAUCCUGCUCAUGCCUCUAUAUGACACGGUAUUUAUCCCCUUCAUUCGUGUUUUGACACGUAAUGAGAAAGGUAUCACUGUGAUGCAGAGAAUGGGAAUAGGGAUGUUCCUAUCGGUGAUAGCUAUGAUAAUUGCAGCUGUUACUGAAAGGAAAAGACUGGAUAUUGCCAGAAAUAUAGGGGCUUCAAUUUCAGAAGCUUUGCCAAUGAGCAUAUUUUGGUUGCUGCCUCAAUACAUUCUCUUGGGAAUUUCAGAUAUAUUCACAGUUGUUGGUAUGCAAGAGUUCUUUUAUUCUGAAGUUCCAACAAAUAUGAGAACUUUAGGCAUAGCCCUUUAUACUAGUGUAUUUGGGUGUGGUAGUUUCUUCAGCUCGUUCCUUAUAACCGUGAUUGAACAUUUGACAAGUUCAAUAGGAGAAAAGCAGAACUGGUUCGCCGAUGACAUGAGCAAAGCCCGGCUAGACAACUAUUAUUGGUUUCUGGCGUUGUCAAGUGCUGCCAGUUUCCUUAUGUUUAUGGUUUUCUGUCAAUUUUAUAGGAGGAGGACUGUUAAUUAGAGUAUUGUGGUGACUGAUAGCUUGUUACUGUCGAAUGCUGUGUUUUUUGAUGCGAGUGACAUUCAUUUCUAGUAGAAAGUGAAGGUUUUGCAGUUGUAUAUAAAGGAAGAUAUACUUUGACUUCCUUAUCUAAUGUGUCAUCCUAUUUUAAUUUAGAAAGUACUAGCAACAAAAACUCCUUAUUUCCAAACUGUAAUUACACUUUAUGGUUGUAAUGAGAUAUCUCUCAGAUAACAAGCCAUCGCCCAUCAAUAUCUUUCUUCCC